CUUUAUUCGUCGGUUGUAUGGUUAUCGAGCGUUUUUUCGUUUACACGAUUCUUCUGCUGACAUAUUCGGAAUAUUAAAAUGCUGCAUUGUAGAUUUCGCGGUUCAACUCCAUUGUUUCUUUGUAAACUCUGAGCCUGUUGCUGCAGAUUUAACUGCAAAGACAAAACACAUAACAAUGACAAGAUUUCGUUGUACGGGUGACAUAAUAUUUGAUGUUGUAAAUGACGGAAUCUGUGAUGUCAAACUCAAGCAAUAUUCAGAGACUUGCAAUUUUCUUCAGUAUGAGCAACCACUCACACCAGAAAAACCUUACUUUUAUGCUCAAAUAAAAACCUUAGCACCGUCCAGCAAAAUCACAUUAGGCAUUGCUGGUCCAAAUAUAUCACCAGACGCUCAACCUGGUAGGUGGUUAAAUUCAGUGGGCUACCAAAGUGACACAGGACAAUGCUAUACAUCACAUCAAUGUGUAGCUAACACAGAGGGAGAAAAGUUUGAUAAAGGAGAUGUGUUUGGGGUCUUAGUUUCUUAUUUUGGAGAAAAAAAAUCAACAGUAAUCUUUUUAAAAAAUGGAUACCCAGUAACCACACGGUUCCUUUUUGAGCCAGAUCAUAAGAAAUACCUACCAACUGUAUCACUAGAAAAUGGUCCCAUUGAACUGGGACUAAUGUUGCCUGAAGCAAUAUUAAAUAUACCAAGUUAUAGCGAUAAAAAUAUGAUGCAUUGGAUUCAUCAAACUUCAGUAGUUUAUGAUGCUUUAUCAAAUAUGUUUGUCUACACUGGAGCCACAUCAAUCAAUGGUGAAAUUACUAUACAGAGUCCACAUCCAUUGACUCAAGAAACUCAACAUUAUGAAGUUAUUAUUCAAGAGGCUGAAGAAGGCUCAACUGGUCCUUCAAUAUCUUUAGCAACAUGUAGUCCUGUGGUGCCCUCCCCUUCUUCUGUUUUGUCUAUGGAUUACAUCAGAUUUGACUUAGAUGAUGUGCAUCGACAGAUGGUUGGUCACAGAAUUGGUUGGGGAGUUCAUUACAAUCCAGAAACCCGACUACGAAGUGACUUCAACCCUAAAGCAGAGCAGCUUGUUUACUGUUUUGUCACAGCAGAUAUGGAAAUUACCUCAGGCAGGAUGAUGCUACAGCCAGAAGGAGGCUUCUAUCCUGUGGUAUUGCUAAGUGAUGGUGCCACAAAAAUAACAAUUGAUAUAGAAACGAAUGCUAAACCAACAAAACUGAUACAAAAACUUGAUGAGAGAUUUAGAAAAGAAGCUAGUAAAGCAAAUACAAUUUUAUUAGAUGAUAAAAGAAAUAGGGAUGUAAAAGAAUCGAUGUUAAGGAAGUCCCCUGACCUGGAGGUUACUAUCACAGAUGAUUUUUGCAAAGUUCAUUUGCCUAAAACUGUACCAGGGGUGCAUGUGAUUCAAUUUUUGAAGCCACUUUCUGAAGAAAGCAAUUUUUAUUUAAUUCAGAUUAGUACCUUAGAGGAAGAUUCUAGCAUAUGUAUAGGAGUUGCAGGCCAUGAUUUCCCUCUUGAUAAGUUUCCUGGAAAAUUAAGACCUUCAGUUGGGUGGUCCUCAAAAGAUGGUAAAAUUUACCACAAUUCUAGGAGUGAUGGAAAUCUGGUGGGAGCAAGAUACAAGGAAGGUGACAUGGUUGGACUUGAGAUGGAAGCUUUUGCCAAAGAUAUGUCAGUGGCUUUGUUUACAAAAAAUCUCAAACCAGUAGGAACAGCUUACUACACCCAGCCAGAACGUUCAGAAUUUCUUCCCACCAUUGCCCUCUGUGCUAACAGACAAGACGUGACUGUGAAAAUAUUCUGGCAAAAUAUGAUGAGGGGACCACCCAUUUUUAGUGUGGUGAAUAUUGACCACUGGUGUCUCCCUCCAGGUUCUCAGGUAGAUAACAAAACAAAUACAGUUUAUGUGAAGGAUCAUAGCACACCUGUAUCAAUUCAAGCACCGUACAGUUUACACAAAGGAUACAACCACUUUGAAGUAGUACUGACAGAGGACUUUGGACCCAACAAGCCUCCACCAGCUGUAGUUCUCUCUACAGCCACUCCUCUGGAUCCACCACCAAACUCGUGCCUUAAACUCGACUUCCUCAGAUUUUGGGCAGUCAAUGAGGCAAGCUCAAUAGUCAAAGUUGGGGACCUAGUCGGCUGGGGGUUGCUAUAUGUUGAUGAAUCUCUUCACCAUGAUGAGGAGCAGCUAGUUAUAUGCUACCUUACAGUCAACAGAAAAAUUCUGCUUGUUAGAGUUGUCUUUCAACCACCUGGUGGAUUUUACCCCCUUGUUGUUCUACCGCCAGAAUUAAACCAAGUGACCUUAGAAUUCUCAGCAACAAUCAUCAAACAACAUCCUAUAACACACGAGGAUGUUUCCAUCCUUGUGAGGGAGGCCAUGGAGUUGAUGGAGAGAGAAAAACUCAUCAUGAAAAAUGGGGGAGAUCCCAUGAGUGAACUAGCUGAGGAGGCACUUUUUCGGUCAUUGCCGAGUGCUAAGCUGUCUGAACUUAAUGGAAAUAUCAACUUUUCCUCGAUUUCUGCCAAAGAGACUGUUCAAGACUCUGCAGUUGAAAAAAAUGCCAAGAAAAAUAAAAUGGCAACAACAAUUAACACCAAAGAUAGAAAAACAAAACGGACUCCCUCUAAACGCUCAUAUAACGGUGAUCACAAACAAUCAAAAAGUUGUGUCAUAUUGUGACAGUUAUUAAAGUUAUUAAUGCAGUACAAAAUUUAGAAUAUAUUGGCACCAGUGAUAAAUUAUUUAUACACACAAUAUAUUAUGCAAUAUCAGAAAACAGUUCUUAAAAUUUAGUGCAGGUUUUAAAGCAAUAUUUACCCAAUAUUUUAAACUUUCAAUAUAUUUUUUAAGUUAACAGAUAUGGAUAAUAAAUAGGCCAUAUCAAAAUUGGCUGCAAAGAGCCACUUUUUAUUUCUCUACCCCAGCAAUCAGUACUCUACCUCUUCCUGUGUAAGUUGUGCAAUAAAACAAAUCAGGCCUUGCAGAAACAUUUACAGUUGAUAAUUAGAGCUGGUAUCCAAUCAAUGUCUUCCAGUCAUGGCUGACAUUGUGAUCACCAUGAGCUAGAAGACAUGUAAGCUUUCUCUUUCAGGAGCUUAUAGAUCUAGGCAUUCAGUCAAAGAACACACAACUUACAUAUGGAUACAAAUAAAAGGUGAUGUUACAAAAACUCGAUUUCCAUGUGUCACUGAAUCUCUGAGAUGGCAUGGUAGUUGUUUU